CGUGCGUUAUAAGGAGCAAUUUGUUAAGCUCCCAAAUGCCGCGGAGAUUUACCUCAUGUGCAAGAUGAUUUCAAAUCGCAGACGUGGAAUCGUGCCUCCUCGACGACAAUUGCCAAUGCAUUUGAUGAUACGCCUCAUGAAACGCAAGAAAGAGAGAAUGUUUUUUCUUAUGAUUGAAUGGAUAAUGGCGCAGCUGAUCAUACGUGCUCCGGGGUUAAAAAUACAGAUGAAGGACGAAACACAAUCAGAUGGUGCAGGGGACCUGGAGAAGAAUGAGAGAACCCAAUCUGAAGGUCUCUGA